CAAACGCGAAAAAGAAAAUGGACUACUUCAAAACGGAGAUUGCCUCAAUGGCGCGGCCUAAUUUUUGUCACAGACACUAGUCCUCUAUGUAUCUCUAUGGCUCCAGCCAUUACCUCAGUGGGUGCAUCCAUCGAGCUAGAUUGGAUUUAGCUAGCUAACGGUAGUAAAUGUAUUCAUCCACGUUUAGGUAAAACGUGACUGUAUUGGUGCGUGUAACAUUACCUAUCCGUUAACUUCGGAAAGAAGCAGAGUCCCUCAUUCCAGCUAGCUAGCCAGCCAGAAAAGUUAACGUAACGUUUAUUUUCUAAGCUGAUAAACGAAUGACCUUCUGGCAUCUCGCAAGAGGAAUAUUCUGAUAGUUAAGUAGCGUUGUUUUGUUUGUAGAUCUCAGAAUACCAGGUGUUCCUGUCCGCUAGUUAGCACAAUACCGCCCACAGAUACGGGUUCUACGGGAAAUGGUACGUCGUUCUACGGUCGACGUUCUCAUGUGUCCAUGGAGAAGGCGGCCUUUGAGGGGUGGCUGGAGUCGGUCUCCGCCUCUUUCCUCACACUGAGCGACCAGCAGCGCAACCAGUCCCUGGACCAACUCAUCUCGCUGAGCGGUGCAGUCCAGCUGCGGCACCUGUCCAACGGACUGGAGGCGCUGCUCAAGCGGGACUUCCUGCGACUGCUGCCCCUGGAGCUCACCUUCUAUUUGCUGCACUGGCUCGACCCGCAGACCCUGCUCACCUGCUGCCUGGUGUGCAAGGGGUGGAAUAAGGUGAUAAGUGCGUGCACGGAGGUGUGGCAGGGUGUGUGCCGGGACCUGGGCUGGCGCAUCGAUGACUCCAUCCAGGACGCGUCCCACUGGAAGGGUAUCUACCUCAAGGCCAAGCUACGCAUGAUGCAGUUGAAGGACCAGGAGGCCUUUGAGACCUCGUCGCUCAUCGGGCACAGUGCGCGCGUCUACGCCCUCUACUACAAGGACGGCCUUCUCUGCACAGGCUCUGAUGACCUUUCUGCCAAACUGUGGGACGUCCGCACCGGGCAGUGCAUCUACGGCAUUCAGACGCACACCUGCGCCACAGUGAAGUUUGAUGAGCAGAAGCUGGUGACUGGGUCCUUUGACAACACUAUCGCCUGCUGGGAGUGGAGCACCGGUGCCAAGAUCCAGCAGUUCCGUGGGCACACUGGUGCAGUGUUCAGCGUGGACUACGAGGAUGAUCUGGACACGCUGGUGAGCGGCUCUGCCGACUUCUCUGUCAAGGUGUGGUCCCUGUCGGCAGGCGCCUGCCUCAACACCCUCACGGGACAUACUGAGUGGGUCACCAAGGUGAUUCUUCAGAAGAGUGAAGUAGAAUCCAUGGUGCACUGUCCUGGCGACUACAUUCUGUUGAGUGCUGACAAAUAUGAAAUAAAGGUUUGGCCUAUAGGCAGGGAAAUCAACUGUAAGUGCUUGAAGACCUUGUCUGUGUCAGAGGACCGUAGUGUGUGUCUGCAGCCUCGCCUGCAGUUUGACGGCCGCUAUGUCGUUUGUAGCUCGGACCUGGGGAUCUACCAGUGGGACUUUGCCAGCUUCAAUAUCCUCAGGGUCAUCAAAACGCAGGACCCCGCCAACCUUUCCCUGCUCAGCUUCGGUGAGGUGUUCUCGCUCCUCUUCGACACCGACUUCUUGUAUGUCAUGGACCUGAGGACAGAAAGGAUAACGGGUCGUUGGCCUCUGCCUGCCUACAGGAAGUCCAAACGAGGUUCCAGCUUCCUGCCGGGAGUCACCUCCUGGCUCAAUGGGCUGGAUGGGCGAAAUGACUCUGGCCUCGUGUUCGCCACGAGCAUGCCUGACCAUAGCAUUCACUUGGUUCUGUGGAAAGAAAACCGAUAAAGAAAGCUAUCGGCGAAACCUACGAGAGCUAGAUUGUCAAUUGCCAUGUAAAACCAGGUGCUCUGACUUUCGAAACCCAACAUCAAGUUAGAUAAUGCAUGGGCCAAAGUUGUUUUCCCUUUUUUCUCUCGACACAUGCUCUCAUACACGCAUCAUGUGACAUGCUGUCACCAACCAUAAGACACACCGAAACGCUGCUAUGAAUACAAGGGGAAGAAAGGCCCAGUUCAGAGUGCCAAGGAAGCAGUUGGUGUUAGUCCAACCCUGCCAUGGGUCUUCUUACUUUGAAGGAAAUACAAGGACUGGGACGGUGGCUGAAUGAAGACCGAACUCUCAAAAAACUGCAUGGUCUACAACCAUUGGACUGACAAUUUUACAAAAAACAUUGCAAAACAAGUCAGGCUCUACAGCUGUAGACAUUUCCCCUGUAUUACCAUGUAUCAGAACUUUUCAACUUCGGACAAGGUUCUUCAAGCAGUUACGAGGCGGGAAGUUGCCUUAACACAAUACUUUGUUACACGAAAGUACAUCUAUGACUUUGGCACAGUUUUUCCUAGACUGUCAACUACCAUCCCCAUGAGAGUUUUAUGUUGAAAUGUUCAAAGUGGUUUGGUGCAUCGGAUUUGUACCAUAUUCAAUGUAAAUCCAUUGUUUGAUAAUGCUUUUCUUAAAAGUCAACUUGACAUUAAGUUGUGCCUUUUCCUUUGAUUUGAAUAUUCACCUAGGUGUGACAAAUCAAACUAGAAUUUCAUUAUUACCAGGCACAUUGCAAUGAGAUAAUGAAUGUUGUAAUUGUAUAUAUAUUUUUAUUAUCUUUCGUACUCUCCAUACUAUAACCAACCGCAUACAAUGUAUUUCUAAACUUACUAGGCUUGUCAUGAUACCAACAUUUUACAAACCAUUUUUACAUCAGGCCAAGUAUCAUGCCGCAAACUAAUAAUUAGCAACCCGGGAUUAGUUUAAAAUGGCCCGCGACAUGGUUUGUGAAAUUAUAUAAAAUGCGCGCGAAUCCUGAUAGAAAGGGAAAAAAGGGUAAUAUUUUUUGAAUGUUUAGGCCAACUAAAGACUAGACUUUUUUUGUUGUUGCUGUAAAGCAUGCCUGUGGAGAAAGGGUGCUCCAUUUCACCUCUCUGACAUGCCGACCAGGCCAGACACGUCGCGGACGCCGCAAAAUAAAGUAGAAAUCCAUGUUAUUCAAUUAAUCGCCGUUCUCGCUCGCCACCGGCUACGCGCGUGCGCUAUCGUGCAUAAAUGUAUUUUGUCCCCCGACACCAAACGCGAUCACGACAUGCAGGUUAAAAUAUCAAAAACUUUGAACCAAUGACAUUAAUUUGGGGACAGGUUGAAAAGCAUUAAACAUGUAUGGC